UUAUUUCAUGAAUUUUUUUUCUCUCAACUCAAGUCAUCCGCAGGAACUCUAUCGGCCGUUUUGCUACCCUUUUGCUGGAUUUGGUCCUCCAAUAUGAAAGGAGCUUUCUUCCCCGUUUUGUUUGAUCCUUUUCCAGUUGUUUUUGGCUGGAUUUUCUUCAUUUUCGGUGACUGUCCUUUUUAAUGAACCCCAUUUUCUCCGUCAAUUUCUGGGGUUUUUGUCAUUGAAAUAUGCGUUACCGCCGCCAUUGGAUUUUUGUUAAUCUCCUCUUCAAAACCCGUACAUUCCGUUGCAUGUCACUCCAUUUGCCGGAAAAGCCAUUGCUUUUCGCAUAAAAGGUUGUUUUGCAACCCCUUUCUAGUUGUCUUCCAGUCGAAAACGGUGUUUUGUCGUAGCCGUUCAAUCGGCCUCAAUCUUUUCUUUAAACCCAUGGUAUCCUUUUGCCUUGGUUGCUCACCAGUUGUCGGUAUCGACCACAUGUUUUCGCCAAGGGACAAUCGGUUUUGUUUCUUUGAUCACCAAGUUUUUCCAAGGUUAUUUUUUGUUUUUGUUGUUUGUGUAGCUUCUUGGAGUGCUUGGAUAGUGGUGGGUGGACCAAAUUCCACACAUUUUUGUCUGGGUUUCAUUGCCCCCCACCUGCUCGCUGAUUUUCCCAAUGCUUGCAGUAGUUUCAACGUGUGUUGCUCCCUGCGUGUAGCCUUUUGCUACGAGCAAUCUGCACAGGCUGCUCGCUUUCACCCUUCCAACUCUACCCACUUGUUUCCAUCACCACAAACACAUCUCCACCCACCUCCAAACACUUCUAACCAUCUUUUCCACCUUUCCUUUUGCCCAAACAACACCUUUUUCACUACACCACACCACCUACUCAACGAAAUGUCUCAACCAACUGCAUCACUCCACCAACCCCAUCCCUCCCUCUAUCAAAACCAAGCCUUUAGCCACUGCUAAUGCCUCUUCUCUGAAGCCCCUACCUACCAAAAAAGUGGGGCAAACCUUAUGGAUUGGAGACUUCGAGAUGGAUGAUAUAUAUUUGCUUAAUGCUUUUGCAAAUGGGGCAACUAAAGGAGCUAAGGUUUUUCAUUACAAAAACAGUAGUUUUGGGUUUCUUGAGUUUGAGAAUCAUGAUACUGCAGGUAAGGCUUUGGAAACUUUUCAUAGUUUAACAAUACCGAAUUCCAAGAAGCUCUUCAAACUCAAUUGGGUGUCUUUUAAGUCACGUGAAAAACAACCAGCUUUGAAGCUAAUUAUUGACAAGAAAGUUGUGUAUAAAAAAACAACAAAAGCAUCUUCCUCAUGGGCGGAUAAAGUAAGAGUCACAAAGGCUCGUACUCAUUUCACACUUGAUAUCAAGGAUGAGCAACUUUGGAUUGCUGAUGAUAUUAUUGAUGAUAGUGAUGUCGAUUAGCGUCAUUAUAUUGUGGAUUUUCUUUAUGGGAUAUUUUACGCCCUUCCAUGCUACCCGCUUGAUCACCUUUCAUGCAUGGAAAGUGGAUGGUUUGGAAGAUGUUAUGUCCACUGACUCUUGUUUUUUUAUAUUCAAAUUUUGAGAUGAGAAUGAUGUGCAUUCGAUUUUGGAGAGAGGCUCGUGGAUGUUUGGGGGUAAGUCCAUUUUUUUUGCAGCAAUGGCAUGCUCAUUUUAGUUGUGAUUUCUCUUCUUUUGUUUGGCGAGGUUACCGUCAGGACACUCAUUGUCUGGCCAUCCUUCACUUGGUUCUCUUUGCUUCAGUGGGUUAGUUUGCAUCUCAGGCACAAAGGGGACUUCAAUCACCUUCUUUCACAUUACCGCGACGAUGAUGGAGAGUCGAUGACAUGCAAUCAGACCGGGAGCCAUCUCCCGAGUAUUUGUUUAUCUGUUUUUUGUUGGGGAUUUUUUGGGUUAAUUUUUUAUACAAAAUCACAGUCAAAGUAUAGUGGAAGGCUAGACCUCUGCAAAAUUGUGGUGGAGGAGGAACCUAUUCCGCAAGUAUUAUAUUUUGCAGGAUUUAAGAGAAAGAGGGUUGGAUUAAGGAAGACUACUAAAGUUUGUUCAACCAACUAUUACCAUAUGGUUUACAACUCUGUGAAUGGUAAUGCUCUAAACUUGGCUAAUAAAAAUGAUCAUGUUGUAAACUUGGCUAAAAAAAGUGACCAUGCUAAAGUGAAUGAGACUUUGAGUUGGAAGAAUCAAGAUGCUAAAAAGAAGAAGUAG